AUGGCUUUGAAAUUAGAACAAGAGAAUGAUUUGGAAUUUAUAUUGAAAAGUUUAUUGGCUGGAGGUGUAGCGGGCAUGUGCGCAAAAACAACAGUUGCUCCACUGGACCGAAUGAAGAUUCUGUUACAAGCUCAGUCUGCGCAUUACAAACAUCACGGUAUUGUAGGCGGCUUGGCGGCCAUAGUCAAGAAGGAAUCUCUCAUAGCUUUAUACAAGGGCAAUGGUGCCCAAAUGGUCAGGAUAUUCCCCUAUGCGGCUACACAAUUUACCAGCUUUGAAAUUUAUAAAAAGUAUUUAAGCAAAGUCCACAUACCAGUGGUUCAGCAUGGGGACAAGUUCAUCGCAGGCGCCGGUGCAGGUGUCACGGCCGUGACGCUCACGUACCCGCUGGACACCAUCCGCGCUCGCCUCGCCUUUCAGAUAACUGGAGAACAUAGAUACAAGGGUAUUGUUCAUGCUGCCAUCACUAUGUUCCACACGGAGGGCGGUAUACGCGCGCUAUACCGCGGCUUCGUGCCGACCAUGUGUGGCAUGGUGCCAUACGCCGGCUUCUCGUUCUACUGCUUUGAGUCGCUCAAGUUCUUCUGUAUGAAAUAUAUGCCCACUGCACUUUGCAGAAAGUGCGAAAGGAAUACUGGGGGCUUAGUACUGACAGUACCUGGUAAAUUGAUCUGCGGAGGGCUGGCGGGAGCUGUAGCACAAUCCGUGUCGUACCCUCUUGACGUCACCAGGCGACGCAUGCAGCUCGCCUGUAUGGACCCACAAACUGCCAAGUUCGGUACCGGUAUGGUGAAAACAUUGACUCUCAUAUAUCGCGAUAACGGUAUAGUGAAGGGUCUCUAUCGAGGAAUGAGCAUCAACUACAUCAGAGCGAUACCAAUGGUCGCCACUUCCUUCUCCACUUACGAGCUCAUGAAACAGCUCCUCCAGCUCGACACCGGUAUGAAAGUUUCAUAG